AUGGCAACCCCGACUGAUGCACCCGCACCGCUUCGUCUCCCUGCGAUCCUCCAGAACCCAAUCAGCUCUUCGCAGCGGCAGAUCGAAGCGCACAAUGCUCAACAACGCGAGAAGCUCGCCGCGCGACGAGAAGCCAAGUCUAGAACUGGAUCGACGGGCGGAGGUCGAGCCCCAGGUAUAGGCAAGCGGGUCGUCAGGCGGUCAGACAAUGCGGCCUUUCUUGACAACCCCCAUAUUGUCGCUCCACGCCGGACCGAUCUCUACCCCUCCGUCCCUCUUCACCCACGGCCCACACGCGCCUCUUUCCCCCCUCAAGCGCUCGACCGGUCCACACCCAUCCCUGGUGUGCCUCCACGCGAUAGCGACCCAUUCUCAGACUCGAGCGUCAACGGGGCAUUCACCACCUCCCUUAAAGGUACCCGCGCGCUCCUGCGGAAACGGGGUCAGCGGGCUGAGGGCGUUGUCGGGCGCGUAGAGGCCGUUGUUCGGGGUUGGCUGGGCGGGGACUGGGGGACCGGACAGCAAGGGUGGAAGGUCGUCGAUGAGAUGUUGGUGGACCUGGAGGAUGGGGCGGUGGAUCAGAGUGGGCAAGCUGGGCAAGGCGGAAUGCCGAGCUCAACCACCCCGUUCACUGGGCAGUUAAUGGUUUCUGCCCAGUCGAGGAGACUGCCGCCUCAGCAUAGGGUCACGGGAGUCUUACCGGCUCUACCGACUGUGCAGGGUCUAGCGGGGCUGCAGGUGGCAGCGGUACUCGAGCUGUCGAGGAGCGUCGCGCAUUUGACUCUGGCGGCGAUGGACCCGUUUGACCGGUUGGUCAUACAUCUCCUGGCGAGAUACUACGAGUGCCUCUCAUGGAGCGAAGAACACCUCACGUCCCCCUCCCGCCCUAUCCGCCUCACCCAUCUCAUCAUCCCCUCCAUCGCCCGUCCACGCCCCACGGCCGCCUCUGGCCUGCUCACACCCGACACUACGGACAUUUCGGACCUUUCUGGUCUCUCCAGCUCAGAUGCGUCCAGCUCCGACCGCGCAUCCGAUACAGACGGGUCCGAAACGGAGACCGAGACAGAGCGGGGAACCGAAGUUGAUCCGGACGAGACGUACCGCGUCGAUCAUGACCAUGGCCACGCCGACGACAUCUCGGAGGACGGCUCGGUCGGCUACUCUCUAGUCCCGGGAUCGGACGGACGGGGACCUGGACUGGCUUCCCGGCUUGAUCAGCUGCAUCUUCACCGGGUGGAUUCGGCCAGCUCGUCCGCUUAUGCCUCGUCCGAGGCGGAGUCGGAGAAUAGUAGUGCGAGCGUCGGGGCUAUGGGGGAUAGCAUGACGCUCUUCCCGCCGAUCCCGCCGGCCGGGUCGGGGAGGGCGGUGUGGCUUGAAGGGGACGAUGAGGGGUCGGAAGCGGGGUACGGCGCGUCGGCGCAGAGGAUGGGCGCGGGUAAUGGGCUGAGGAGGGCGGAGGCGCUGGUGCCGAGGAGAGAAGUGCUGGGGUGGGCGGAUAAGCCGACAUUCUUCGAAUAUCUGUAUGGUGCUUGA